AUGAAUGGAGUAGUGGAUUGUUACACGAUAAAACCCAAGGAACCAGCGGAUCGGUUUGGUAUCGAAAGGAGGCGGACAACUAGUUGCAGCUCCUCGUGUACCGAUGACCCGGAGGUAGAUCUCAAUCCUCCCCCUGUUGCGAUGCCCAGAAAGCCUUCCACGAGGAAACGAGCAACCGGGUCCAUGCAGCGGAAAGAUGAACACAGAAGUCAAUCACAACCAACUGAAGGGACCACAAAUAGUGAAGUCGAAAAGCGAACCCCGAGUCAACCAAAAAUGCGUGACCGACGAAUGCAUUCCCUAGCCGGACGACUAAUAUCCACGAAGUCACCGAACCCAUCACUACCUGUUGGAUCGCUGAAGAGAUCUAAGAGUGUGGACAGUUCCGCAAGACGGUCUUCAAGACCAAAACCCGGAUGUCCAGAAGGCACACUGGCGGUGCGCGCACACACCGACGCCAAUUCUGAUUAUCAACGACCGUUCCAUGAGGAACGACAGAAUCCUGUUGCAAGGUUAAGGCUCCAAGGUCGAUUCAUUCCGUCCAGUGGAAAUUCCAAUUUCUACACGAACACCAAACAACCGACGCUGCACACGGCGAGGCGCAUGGUCUCAAGAAAACCCAAAGAACACAUAGACUACACGAGACAAAGUGCGGAAAAAAGGAGCUACUGUUGUUGCAGUUAAUCCACGAUGACAAGAACCUACCUGCCAUGUACAUUGAUAAAGUAGACGAAUGGCUGUCUGAACCUAUCACGAAUUAAAAAAAAAAAUCCAUGUAAACAGAAUAAAUUACCAAUCACCUAUUUCAAGCACCAUAAAA